CUCUCCCAGGCACAUCUGAACAGCUGUGGGAGCCCAGGCUUGCCUGGAAACCCACAAAAAUCUACCAAGCAGAAAAUCUUCUUGAGGAUGAGAUGGAUUCUGCAGUGUCUUCGCCUGAGAAGCAAGAUAAAGAGAAUUUAGUGGGCAUCAACAAAACCCGGCUCGGUGUAUGUGGCUGGAUUCUGUUUUCUCUUUCUUUCCUGUUGAUGAUCAUUACCUUUCCCAUCUCCAUAUGGAUGUGCUUGAAGAUCGUUAAGGAGUAUGAACGUGCUGUUGUAUUCCGACUGGGCCGCAUCCAAGCUGAUAAAGCUAAAGGACCAGGUUUGAUCCUGGUCCUGCCCUGUAUAGAUGUGUUUGUCAAAGUCGAUCUCCGAACAGUCACUUGCAACAUUCCUCCGCAAGAGAUCCUUACCAGAGACUCUGUCACUACGCAAGUGGAUGGUGUUGUCUAUUAUAGGAUCUAUAGUGCUGUCUCGGCAGUGGCUAAUGUCAACGAUGUCCACCAAGCCACAUUCCUGCUGGCUCAGACCACUCUGAGAAAUGUCUUAGGCACACAGACCUUGUCCCAGAUCUUAUCUGGGAGAGAAGAGAUUGCCCACAGCAUUCAGACUUUGCUUGAUGAUGCCACUGAGCUGUGGGGGAUCCAGGUGGCCCGAGUGGAAAUCAAAGAUGUGCGGAUUCCUGUGCAGUUGCAGAGAUCCAUGGCGGCUGAAGCUGAGGCCACCCGGGAAGCCAGAGCCAGGGUCCUUGCAGCAGAAGGAGAAAUGAAUGCAUCUAAAGCCCUGAAGUCAGCCUCCAUGGUGCUGGCUGAGUCUCCCAUAGCCCUCCAGCUGCGCUACCUACAGACCUUAACCACGGUAGCCACGGAGAAGAAUUCCACGAUUGUGUUUCCGCUUCCAAUGAACAUACUGGAGGGCAUUGGUGGAAUCAGCUAUGAUAACCACAAGAAGGUUAAUGAUAGAGGCUGAGGCAGGCAGCCGAUUGCUUAGAGUCCUGUCUGUGCUCUGGAGAAGAUGUGAUGAGAAUUAGAAGUGAUGAGAAUUCUAGCAAGGUGCAAGCCACAGGAAUGCCACAGUUGGAGUAGCAUUAGGAGGGAAAAUCUACAGACACUACAAAAAAAACCAUAAACUACAACUAAGGGCUGUGUACUACUUUUGUUUUUAGGGCACAAUCAACUUCAUAAUGCUGUUAGAUAAUUAAUUAAUAAUUAUCCUGAUUUAGUAUCUCACUGGGUGACUAUGACUGAUUUCAGAAUUGAUACUUGUUCUUUAGAAAAAUACCCUAGAUCAUUUGUAAAGUAGUGUAGGCCUUAUAUUUAUACAACACAUGUACUUUACAACUCCAAAGUAAUUACUCGUUAAAUGCCCAGUAGUUGCAACAAAUCCCCCUCAAGGCUGAAAAUGAUGCCCGAUGUCUGUUAAAGACAGAACAUUAGCCACAGACGUGGUACCAGCCCCCAGGGCAAGCUGCGCUGGACUCAGAACCCCAUCUGUCUUGCUGCGCAGCACAUCCUGUUGGGACUGUGGACCAAUUCUCAGACUCCAGGCAGCUUUGCCAGAGCGUGGGACAGGGCCUAGCAAGGCAGAAAGUUCCAGUCAAUUUAUUUGCUUAGAGUAGGAAUCCAUAUAAAAAGCUUUAUUGGUUGAAACACCGGGGGACAUCAUCCUGUAGACUUUAUGUGGUUUUCACCUUGGUAGCCCUAAAAACCAAGUAAUCAAGAGUUGUUUGUAAUCCCUUCCCUCUCCUAAAGAAACUGUUACAAAUAAAGAAGCCAUAGAAAGUGA